AUGGAUCCAAUACCGACACCGGCUAUGCCUCCAACACAGGUUGUUGAAACGGUGCUAUCCCCAGAAUCACACGAUUCUGGCGUGGUAUUCGAGAAUCAGUAUAGUAAACCGUUACGAGUGAAUCCACCACCUCCAGUGAAUGAAGAGGAGCCGAAGCAGUUACCUCCGGGCUGGGAAAAGCACCAAGAUCCAUCAGGGUUCUCUUACUACUGGCAUGUGGAUAGCGGAACAAUUCAACGUGAACCACCACGCGCCCAGACUCCACCGCGCAGUCCUUCACCACCACCACCAAUAUAUUCUAGGACAACUUAUAGCCGUGAAACUCAAGCUGAUGCACCACCAGAACCGCAGGUGACUACACUUCCACCUCAGAUUCAGCGCGUUCAUAAGCAAACAUGCUUUCAAGCAGACAACGACGAAACGUCGCAUAGAAAAUUCUCAAGAAAGCGAUGGUGA